AUGGGACAGGUUGAACUGUUUGCCGGUCCCCGAAUGCUAGGCCUCGGGGACAGUCUGAACAUGAGACUGAAUCCUGCGCCCAAUCUGUCUCAUGAAUAUGGCGAUUUGCAAUGCACUGUGGAGCUGGUGGACAAUGUGAAUGAGGCAAUUGAAUUCAUCGCGCACCACGGCAGCGCGCACACCGAAUCCAUUGUGACGGAAGACGUGAAAACGGCUGAAGAAUUUCUUCAGAAAGUUGACAGUGCAUGCGUGUUUCAUAAUGCCAGUACACGAUUCGCAGACGGAUACCGGUUUGGACUUGGUGCCGAAGUCGGAAUCAAUACCGGUCGUAUACAUGCACGCGGUCCGGUCGGAAUCGAGGGUUUGCUCACCACCAAAUGGGUUCUUCGUGGAAACGGUCAGGCGGUGAGUGAUUUUAGCUCAGGAAAGCAAACGUACGUGCACGAAAAGAUCCCGGUGGACACGCGGUGCUCAUAA